AUGGGGAAAAUCUUCAUCCCGGAGCACCUAAUCCUCCCUCAGGGUGUCGUCUCCCUCUGCGUGGACUCACACCUGAGGACCGCAGUGCUGGCCACCCUGCCGACCCUUGACGACGGUGGGCUAGUGGCGCGCCAGACUGGAGGUGACCUGGACCAUGGGCUCCGGAUCCCUGGUGCGUCCGGGGAACAAGCUGUGCCGGGCGCCGCGGGGUCCGGCCCCGCUGCCAAGGGCAAGCAGGCCGUGGCCGGUAGCGCCGCCACGAGCGGCCCCAGCCAGGCUCGGAGCAGCUCUGGUGCGUCGUCGGGGGAAGCAGGCCGGCGUAGGUUGCACCGGGGCGACGGGACCCCAGUCACGGAGUCCGCCGCGAAGCAUCGGAGGACCGCUGAGGACGCGGGCCAGGGUAGCUCCCGGGCCCCCGGCCCUCGCGGAACCUCCAGGGUGGCCGCGCCGCCACCACCACCACCGAGAGAUACCUCCCCCCGGCAGCAGCAGCAACAGCGGGAGCAGCCUCGGGGCCCCUCGCCCAAGCAGCUCUUCCACCACCGCUGGCUCGUCAGCGGGGGUCCAGGCGACCCGGGCCUCGAUGAUGACGGCGGGUGCGGGGAGCUCGGGUGCGGCGGCUUCCGCUAG